GAAGAGGAGGAACUGUGGAGCAGUCAGGAGGGAGAGCAGCUUCAAGGGCUGGAGGAGGCUGAUAUCACCAAGUUCACAUUCACUCCUGUCCCUGUGAAGAGUGAAGAUGAUGAAGAGAAACCUCAGUCUGAGGGACACCACUGUGGAGGACCAGGACCAGUGCCCGGAGACUCUGAUCCAGAUUUAGAACCAGAUACUGAGGACAAAAAGUCGGAUGAUUCUUUAGUCGCUGAGAUUGAAGUCAGUAUUGAUGACUGGAAGGAGACCAGAGAACCUCAAAAUGAUGAUGUCUCUGUCAACGAUUUGAAAAGUAGCACUGGUGAAAAACCAUUCAGCUGCUCUGACUGCGGGAAAAGAUUUGGUAAAAAAGCGAGUCUGAGGAAACAUAUGAGCAUUCACACAGGAGAAACUUUCAACUGCUCAGUUUGUGACAAAACAUUCCCCCGCAAGGACUACUUAGUUUAUCACAUGCGCAGCCACACAGGAGAGAAACCGUACAGCUGCUCCGUCUGUAAGAAAGAUUUCACCCAGAGUGGAAAUUUACACGAACACAUGAGAAUCCACACGGGAGAGAAACCGUUUGGCUGCUCUGUGUGUGGCAAAGAAUUCACCGGAAGCGCGAAUCUGAGGAAACACAUCAGAACACACACAGGAGAGAAACCGUUCAGCUGCUCCCUCUGCGAGAAAUCUUUUGCCCAAAGUGGGAAUUUACAGCUGCACAUGAGAGUCCACACAGGAGAGAAACCCUUCAGCUGCUCCAUUUGCGGGAAAGGAUUUAUCGGAAGCGGGAAUCUGAGCAAUCACAUGAGAGUCCACACGGGAGAGAAGCCAUUUGGCUGCUCAGUGUGUGGGAAAGAGUUCAUUGAUAGUAGAAAUCUGGGGAAACACAUGAGGAUUCACACGGGGGAGAAACCAUUCAGCUGCUCUGUCUGUGAGAAGUCUUUUUCACAGAGUGGUAACUUACAGCUGCACAUGAGGAUUCACACUGGAGAGAAACCGUUCAACUGCUCAAUGUGCGGGAAGGAAUUCACUGGAAGUGGGAAUUUGAGGAAACACAUGAAAACGCAUAAGGGGGAGAAACCUGUCGGCUGCUCCAUGUGUGGAGAUACUUUAAAUGACGAUGUUGAAAGUCAUGAGUGUGCUUUGAAAAGCAGCAGCAGCAAAACUGCGGGUUCGGAUGAAACUCUGGAGCCACAGACAGUUGAAACCGCUCUGGACAUGUUUGAAAUGAGAUCAUCAGAGUAAGAAAGUUGUUUUUCUUCUGCUGUGAACAAGCAGCAUUCAGUGUUGGGUGUUGGUUCACUCUGUGCAUGAAGGUAAAAAGAGAAAAAGGUGAAUGAUAGGAGCAAUUUAUGCAGAUGAAGUAAAUGUAAAUGCACAAUUGGACACACAUUUCCAAUGGACACAACCGGAAUGACACAAAAUACACAAAUUAUUUUUCCAAGAAAAUAUCAAUAAAUGUCUGAAAAAUCAUGUUUAAAUUUUUAAAAAGUUGGUAAAUUGUCCAAAGAACAAAGUCCAAGAAAUGUUGAUGAAAAUAAUAUUAUAUUAAAUUGUCCCAUAAAGUGUUUUAAAAAACAUUUCCAAAAACAAAGUAAAUUUAAAAAAAAAAAGCUGUUGAUAAAAUAUUCAGAACACAUUAUUAAAAUUUCAGAAAAAUGUUAAUAGAAUAACCAAACACAGUUUUCAAAAGUAAAAAAAAGAUAAAAUGUCUAAAAGAUAAUAUUAAAUUGUCCAAUAACAUAUGAAAAAAAUGUCUGAAAAAAAUUAUAAUAAAAUGUCUGAAAAAAAUGACAUGAAUAGUGCAAUUUCACGUCAAAUGCUUAUUUGCAAAAAUUGAAAAAUCUAAACUUCAGCAACAGAUUCAUAUUGUGAUAGUCAAACAGCAUUGGAUCCUCCAGGAACGUAUGACACCUUUUUGUAUCUUUUUGGCACUCACUUUCAUGCUCGUGUGAUGGGAGUUAAUCACGCAUAUCAACCAAGUCAACAUAAAAUAUUCUAGUAUUCAAACUUGCGGGAGUAACACCAUAUGAAUUUUCGCGCAUGAGACGCAUAGUGGUUAUUUUCAUAUUUUUCUAGUGUAUUCAUUAAAGUCCAUAUUUUGUUUCGUUCGUAACCUGAUGUUACAAGAAGAACACCUUUGAGGGAAUUUCUUCAAUUAGACACAAAUGUCCACUUGGACUGAGGAAUAGAUUGAUAAUUUCUUGCUUUAAACAUUAUUUGUACUGUUUUAAAUCAAACCAAUCCCAGAAUUUUAAUGAUAUGACUUUGAAACAGUGUGCUCGUGUGCUCCCUAUGUCUAACAUUAUAAGAUCUGGUAAGAUGAGCGACAGUAAAUGACAUGUAGUGAUUUGUGGUCCAGUUUGUGUCUUGAUUUUCCCCUAACUGCGAUGCUCCUAAUGUCUGACAUUAUGUAUGAUCCUAAUGGCUUUUUUUGUAAUGUAUAUAUUUUGUAAUAUGUAUAUAAAUUGCUAUUGUAGGUGUUACCCUCAGACCUCCACACAGUAAUUAAGAGAUAUAGUGAUUUAUGGUCCAGUAUGUGUCUUGAUUAAAUAUGACUUAUUUGAGGUUUUCAGCUGAUUUCGUGAUUCAUUAUCACUCCCAGAAAUUUAUUUUCACACAUUUAUCCAUAUUGACAUCAUUGGAAGUUGCACUUGCAUAGCAAUAUUUCAGUUUCCAAAUUUAGUGACAGUUUGUUUUUGUCAAAUCGUCUUUUCAGUUUAUUAUUUCUGUUGUGAUCUUCGUAGAAGCAUAAAAUAUUUUCAGUGUUUCCUGAUUUAUUAAACAGCAUUUAUGUUUUUUUUUUGUACAGGAGACGAGUUGGUUGAAUCAAAAAAAGCAGUGUGAGUGUUUCCCAAACUUAAAUGACUUAAUAAAGAGCUGCUUCAUUCACUCCA